GCUCCGGGGGGCUCGGCGGGGCUCCCACCAUGUCGGGCGAGGAGGAGGCGAACGAGCUCACCAUCGCCGAGGACCUGGUGGUGACCAAGUACAAGAUGGGGGGGGACAUCGCCAACCGGGUCCUGCGUGCCGUGGUGGAAGCGGCGAAUCCCGGCGCGUCCGUGCUGUGCCUGUGUGAGAAGGGCGAUGCCAUGAUCAUGGAAGAGACGGGGAAAAUCUUCAAGAAGGAAAAGGAAAUGAAGAAAGGAAUCGCCUUCCCCACGAGUAUAUCCGUAAAUAACUGUGUGUGUCACUUCUCCCCGCUCAAGAGUGACCAGGAUUACAUCCUCAAGGACGGGGAUUUGGUCAAAAUUGACCUGGGCGUGCACGUGGACGGCUUCAUCGCCAACGUGGCUCACACCUUCGUGCUCGGCGCCUCCAAGCAGAACACACAAGUGACAGAGGCCUGGAAUAAAAUCGCCCACGCGUUCCACUGCACACCCAUUGAAGAGGUGGGGAGCGGCAUCGGGGCUCCCAGUACAGACCAGUAUAGACCAGUACAGACCAGUGCAUCCCACUGGUGUGCAGGGCCUGGAGCUCCCAGUAUAGACCAGUACAGACCAGUGAACGUUUUGUGCUUCCUGGAAGCUUUUCCCUUCAGAAUUCCCAGAUUUUCCUGCCUCUCCCAACCCCCUUUUUCCCCCAGGAAGGACCACGAAAAAGCCGAAUUCGAGGUGCACGAAGUCUACGCCGUCGACGUCCUCGUCAGCAGCGGCGAGGGAAAGGCCAAGGAUGCGGGGCAGAGAACCACGAUUUACAAGCGGGACCCCUCCAAGCAGUACGGGCUGAAGAUGAAAACCUCGCGCGCCUUCUUCAGCGAGGUGGAGCGGCGCUUCGACACCAUGCCCUUCACCCUGCGGGCGCUGGAGGAUGAGAAGAAGGCGCGCAUGGGGGUGGUGGAGUGCGCCAAGCACGAGCUGCUGCAGCCCUUCAAUGUCCUGUACGAGAAGGAAGGGGAGUUCGUGGCCCAGUUCAAGUUCACGGUGCUGCUGAUGCCCAACGGCCCCAUGAGGAUCACGAGCGGCCCCUUCGAGCCCGAGCUCUACAAAUCCGACCUGGACGUGCAGGACGGGGAGCUCAAGGCCCUUCUACAAAGCUCUGCCAGCAGGAAGACCCAGAAAAAGAAGAAAAAGAAGGCUUCCAAAAAUGCUGAAAACGCCACCACGGGGGAGACAGCAGAGGAGAACGAGGCUGGUGACUGAGAGCCCUUGGAGUUCUCAAAUCGCCCCUUUUUUCCCCCUAAAAAAAAAAAAAAAAACCCAC